AAGGAGCCAAUAAGGCCUAAAUAAUCUCACUCAAGUCUAAUAUGAAAACAUUAAUAUGGAUGGUGGUUUGUUAGAGCCGUCGUAAUGGCGGCGGUUAGGGUUCGGACCCAUUUAUUAUUUUUGCAGCUUUGUAAACCAAAUAUUUCGUUGGAAUUUGAGUAUUUAAAAAGUGAAAAGAGAAGAAACCCUCACUUGCUGACAAAAUCUUUCUUUAAGAAAAUGGAAAAUGGAGAUCUAAGUUGCAAGGAAGAAAUCAACUCCAUUGCAAGUUUGUUAAGAACCUUUCUACCAGAUCAUGAUGACAUUCCUCUUAAUGGCAGCACAGAACAACUGCUGAAACAAGUUGGCGAGGGAUUAAAUAGCUCCAAUUCUUUUGAUAUUAAUUAUCCCACAGCAAGUCUAACUUCUGAUGUGGAGAAAAGAUUUGAUGUGGACACACCUUUUUCUUCUCAGUUCAACUUGAAAAAUAAAAAUAAACAAAAAAGAACUAAAGAAAAAAGAGAAAAUGGACACGAGUCCAAGAAAACUUCCAAUCACAAAAGUAGCCAAAUGGUUGUUAAGCCAGCGGAAAGUUCCGAAGAUGUUGAUAGUGAUGCCACUAUUGAUAUGGCAUAUUCAGAAAUGGAUCAUAGUUUUGAGCCAACCGAAUCAAAUGUGAAAAGUAUUGAUAAUAAGACAAAUGGAGAUAAUCCGUUUUCUACCAACUGCAUCAAACAUUAUGCCUGUUUCUUGUGUGAUGAGAUAUUUACAGAUCUGGAUGUAUAUAGUCAACACAUGAUUGGCCAUAGCCAAGAACUAGUCAGUAUUAAGUGUCAUGAUUGCAAUGAGAGCUUUGCUAAUAAAACUCAGUACAGCUCACAUCGUAGGCUGUCCACCUAUGAACUCUGGGUAGAUCGUAAUAAACUUCAGGAAUUAAUUGCUCCAUUGAAAGAAGAGAGUGAAGGAAGAACGUCAAAGAAAGCUGAUGAGACAGAAGAAAGCUAUAUCUGUAGUGUCUGCGGGAACAUGUACUUCAAGUAUUACUCGUUCCUUAAACAUAUGGAGGAGCACAAAGAUUCCAAUGCAUUUCUGUGUGCUGUUUGCCAUGAAGCUUUCAAGUCGCCAUGUCUACUCCGCUACCAUGUUGACCUGCUGCACUCCCACGUUCAGCCUUAUCAAUGCAGGCGAUGUCUUCGCAGAUUCAAAAUGAAGGGUUCUUUGUCUACUCACUUGAGAUACUGUGAUGUGGAACCUGGCAGUAACCCGUUUGCUGAGGAAAUGCAGUUUAUUGAUCAUUUAAGCCAACAGAGAAAAUUUUUGGAUAUGGAAAAAGAUGAUAUGGACCAAUCUCAGUUCUCGUGUCCUAUAUGCACAUUCAUGUUUGACACUCCUGAGGAACUUCAAAAUCAUAUGAAUUAUCAUGAUGAGAUCAAACCCUACAAGUGUGAAGAGUGUGGCAGAGGUUUUCGAUCAAAGAAUGUCUUACAGAAACAUAUGCAGCUGCACAAAACAAAUCACGAUUGCAAGUGUGAAAUUUGUGGAGUUCAAUUGAUUACUCGCAGUGGCUACAACGCUCAUCUUCGUGGACAUCGUAAUCAAGAAAUCAUACAGGCAUCGCUCAUGUGUGACUCCAGCGCAGGAGCCAGCAAAGAGAACCCUGGGCUUGAGCCUGCUUUAGAAAUACUGCAGAGAUUUAAAGAGAAAACAGAGUCUAAAUACGAUGAGAUGAGACAAUCAGAAGAUGGAUCUACAGGUACUUAUCAGUUGCCGAAGGCAAAAGUCAAGACGUACCCGUGUCCGUUGUGUGGAAUGAUGUUUCAUAGUGGCGGAGCUAAAUUUCAAGCUCAUGCCAAGAAAGUUCACAAGGAUGCUGAGUUUAUUAAAUGCACAAAAUGUACUAAAUGCUUCCUGGGAAAAGAGAAUUUAGAUAGGCAUAUAAAGCUACACAAAAUGUAUACAGAGACUUUCCCAUGUGAUGAAUGCGGUAAAACUUUCCGUCGUAAGUAUGCUCUACUCGUUCACAAAAGGAUGCACACUUUUAAGAAAUUUCUCAAGUGUGAUAUAUGUGGCCAAGAGUUUCGCUUUGUUUCGGAGGUUGAUAAACACAAAAAUCACAAGCAUAGGUACGACAGAAUUCUCAAUAUUUACAAGUGCAAUAUUUGUGGUCAGCGUUUCCCAAUGCUCAGUCACCUGAGCGUUCAUUGCUACUGCCACAAUGUGCCAGACUCCAAGCCUUUUGAAUGUGAUCUAUGUAAGAACUGUUUUAGGACUAGUAUUGAAUUGAAGCAGCAUAUCUAUAAGAAGCAUGAGGAACUGAUGAAAAAACACGGAGACUCCAGAUAUAUUUCUAAUACAGGGACUUUGUUGACUACACCUAAGGCUGAAGUGUCUGUUGCCAGUGAACCUGAUAUAAAAAAAGAGGUGAUAGAUGAGGAUGAGAAAGAUUCCAAGGAUGAAAAGCUUUCAGACGCAUCUGAAGUCACAAUUCCUCAAGAUGGGCUUGGUCAGGAAGCUAAAAAAGUUGGGCAGGUGGAUGAAACUAUUCAUAAUUCAGAGAAUAAUGGUUAUGAUGACACUGGGCUUCCUAGCAAUGUUGAUGUUUAUAACUGGGUUACUCGGCAGUUCUAUCACCAAGCUAAAGUUUUGAAACGUUGGACUUGCGAGGUUUGUGACAAAGCAUUUUCUUCAAAUUCUGAUUUGAAAACACACAGACGAACCCAUAGUGGAGAAACUCCCUUUAAAUGUGACUACUGUGAGCGUAGCUUUAAGCAGCGAGGACAUCGCAAGCUACAUAUACAGGUGGUACACACAAAAGACAUGCCAUUCAAAUGCAACCAGUGUGAAUCUGCUUUCCCGACUCGCUAUCGCUACCAGGUCCAUUUAAAGCGGCACACUGGUGUCAGAGAACAUAACUGCGCACAUUGUGACAAGGGUUAUUACACUUUAGGCAAACUGAAUGAACAUAAGAAGAAACGUCAUGCAGCUGAAUGGGAAGAAGAGCAGGCCAAUAAGAUCAUCAAAGAAAAUUAAAAAAAAGGGAAGCUAUAGGUCUGUUUCAAACAACAGGCUGUCAUUAGAAUCAUCGUAGUUAUUUUUUUUUUUAUUUUUAGUUUCCUCUGCAUUCUGGCAUUUGUUUCUGUGAGUCUUUGUACCUUAUCUUAUAUUGUAAGCUCUUAUAAUUUUACUGGCUUGAAUGUUGAAGUAAUGUAAUUAAAUAUGGCAUUUAUUUAUUAAUUGUGUAUGUGUGUAGUAUUUUAUUAAUUACGUUGGUUUACAUGCAGUUUUUUUGUUCAAAUUGUAAAUAAUUUAAAAGUCCCAAUUAUAAAUCUGCUGAUAAAUAAAUAUUUUUAUGCUAAUUAUUUGCAUUUUUAGUUUGUUUACAAGAAGGAUUGUUUUUGUCAUGUGAUCUCCGCUGAAUCAGACCAAUAUUCCAGAUAAUUUGCAUAACUGACAUUUUAAUAUCUUAUCUUAUAAAAUACAAUUAAUGAAUGAGUAGGGUUUUUUUUUGUUCAUAUGAAAAAUAGACAAAUACUGAUAUUGCAAAUUAUAACACUUGUCACAUUGCUUUAUGAUUUUUAAAUUUCUAUUCUGAAUCACGGCACAUUUAUAAAAAUUAAUUAGAUUUCUCUUCAAAUAUAUUUAUAUAAAAUACUGAUUCAAUUUCUUUUCAAAUGUGAUGUAAAAAAAAUAAUAUGAAAAAAAAAAAAGAUAUAGAAAGCCCUAAACAUGAACCAGUUUUUGUUUAAAUAUGUAAUGAGGACAUUUUUAAAAUUAAUAUAAUGAAAGUCAUUUUUUGUUACAGAAAUGUUACAUUGAAAUUAUGUAAUUUUUAUCAUUAUUUAUACAUUUACAAAUAUCACAUUCAGCUUACAUUUUUAUUCAUUUUUUGUAAGAAGUUUUAUUGCUUUUUGAAUUUGUUUAUAUAUUGUAUAUUUUCUUACUAAUUGCAGCCUACCAAAAGUUGUUUUUUUUUCAUUUGACUUUUUAUUUUUCUUUAUUACUGUUGUUUGUUUUGUUUUGAUACUUUUUUAACAUUAAUUUUUUUUUCAGUGAUGUUUAUUUAGCAUUGAAAAUUUUGUUUUGCAUUUGUUGUUUGAUAAUUAUCUGUGUUUUGUAAAAAUUUUCUUUAUAUAUAUAUAUGUAUAUAUAUACAUAAUAUCUUGUGGUAUUAAAUAUUUCAAUGAAAAUAUCUUUUUCAAGUUGUGAUUUAGUCUGAUGUUAAUAUCAGCACUUUGGUUUAUCAACUGCCAUUCAUUCUAACUACGCUCUGAAGCAAAUAGAUUUACUAACCGACUACAGUAGAAUCCAAUGAAUUGGAAUAGCCGAUUAUUAGGACCAAAAUGAUUUCAUCACGAAGAAAGUUAAAAAGGUGAAAAGAUUAGCGUCAGGAAACACAAAAUUUUAUUAUGCUGUACUUUAUG